GAAAGGGAGAGAGAGAGAUAAUUGGAAAGAGCGAGGGGGGAUAGGAGGGAGAGAGAGAGAAUUGGAGGGAGAGAAGCUCUCCUCUCAGCGUCACGGCUCCUCAGUGAUCCUCCUUCUCUCCGACAGUUCACCGUCUUCUCUCUUUCACUGGAGGCGUCAGCUCGUGUGGACGGAUGAGGACAGGGAUCGCUUCCAGUUUCUCGUCUCUCCUCGGACCGCCCGCGGUCACCUCUCUGCGCUCUGAGCUCAAACUGGCAGAGGAGAGCUCACACAGACGGAGCAGAGACGUGCGUAAAGUCCGCUGUGCGCCCUGGCCGCGCCAUGCCGCUCCUCUGACCGCCUCCGUCCCUCUCCUCCGUGGAUGAACUUUCUCGCCGCCUGCGGGGACGCUGCGGCCGCACGCGUUGAGAUCAUGAAGACGACGCGGAAAUGCCGCGCGCUGCUGUCGGUGGCUCUGAACCUGGUGGCCCUGUUCUUCUCCACCACCGCCUUCAUCACCACGUACUGGUGCGAGGGCACCCAGCGCGUCCCCAAGCCCAACUGCAGCAAGCAGCGGCGCCACAACUGCAUCGACUACGGUGUGAACGAGACGGACCAGAACAAGGUGCACUACAGCUGGGAGACCGGGGACGACCGCUUCCUCUUCCGCCGCUUCCACACCGGCAUCUGGUACUCGUGCGAGGAGAACAUCCACGAGGCAGGUGAGAAGUGUCGGAGCUUCAUUGAUCUGGCCCCUGCGUCGGAGAGAGGUGUGUUGUGGUUGUCGGUGGUGUCAGAGGUACUCUACAUUCUGCUGCUGGUGGUCGGCUUCAGUCUAAUGUGUUUGGAGCUGUUCCACUCCAGCAACGUCAUCGACGGACUCAAGCUCAAUGCCUUCGCAGCCGUCUUCACCGUGCUGUCCGGUCUUCUGGGUAUGGUGGCCCAUAUGAUGUACACUCAGGUGUUCCAGAUCACCGUCAGUCUGGGUCCUGAAGACUGGAGGCCUCACAGCUGGGACUACGGCUGGUCCUUCUGCAUGGCCUGGGGUUCCUUUACCUGCUGCAUGGCUGCCUCCGUCACCACCCUCAACUCCUACACCAAGACGGUGAUCGAAUUCCGACACAAGAGGAAGCUGUUCGAGCAGGGCCUGCGCGAGGAGCAGAACUACCUGGACCAGGAGGCUUUCCACUACUUUCGGGAUCGCUCCCUCCAGUCCAUCUCCAGCACUGUGGACGUCUACCCUGGACACAGCGGAACCAGAGCCGGGAUCAUCGUUGGUGGUCCAGGUCCGGGACCAGGUCCAGGUCCUGGCCCAGGACGGGGCAAGAUGAGGGCUGCAUCGGCCUCCAUAGACCUGGUGGAGAACACAGACUCUCUGGGGGAGGAGCAGUGCUGAGUCACGUACAGGAAUGGGAGGGUGACAGUGAAGUGAUGAGGCGGACUGCUCCUUGAGGUGUGGAGCCAGACCACUGGCUUUCCUGCCAAAAUUGAAAGCACAGCAGCAUAUGUUGCAGUGCUAUGUGUAGUAUUUUAACAUCAAAAAAUUAUUUACAUUUUGAGACAUUAAAUCCUUUGAAAAUGUUGCUGUGGCAGGAGGUUACAGGACAAUGCUGAAAUGGAGCAUUACAGUAGCACAAUCAUUAAGUCAGUGAUGUCAGUUCCACAGCAAUAUUUAUCUGACAUUUGCUAACAGCAUUAAUGUGCCAAUCGUACCAGGAGUUCAUCCCCAAGUGUG